AUGUCCUCACUGAACUACUACACAGUAGGCUGGAUAUGCGCCUUGGAGGAAGAAUACGAAUGCGCCUGCCGCAUGCUAGAUGAGGUGUACGCCGGCCCCGAGACCCUCCCAGACGGCGACAACACCUACGCCUUCGGUAGAAUCCGAAACCAUGGGUCUACCUCGCGCGUGGCGAGAGACAUGGUGAGGACGUUUCCACGUCUACGGUUUGCAUUGCUUGUAGGAAUCGGAGGCGGAGCGCCGACAGCGGAGACGGAUAUCCGGCUGGGCAAUGUGGUGGUCAGUACGCCGCAGGGGACACUCGGGGGUGUCAUUCAGUAUGAUCUGGGUAAACGUCUACCCGACGGUCGGUUCAAGCUGACGGGGGAGUUGAAUGCUCCGCCGGACAAGCUGCUCUCGGUCGUUGGGGAUCUGCGGCGGCGGUAUAAAAAUCUCAGGAAGCCGGAUUUUGUCGCAGAGCAUAUUCGGCUCGUGGAGGAUAUUUCGGGGUAUCAGCGACCGCAGCGGGAUGAUUUGUACCGUGCUGAGUAUCAGCAUGAGGAGGGAAAGGCCUGUGAGGGGUGCGAUGUCAUGCAGACUGUGCCGAGGCCACAGCGAAGUAGUCGGCGGGUGAUAGCCGUGCAUCACGGAACGAUUGCAUCGGGGAAUUCCGUGAUCAAGGAUGCUGCCACGCGGGACUUUUACGCUCGCAAUCCAGAGCUGAAGGUUCUGUGCUUCGACAGGGAAGCUGCCGGGGUGAUGAAUAACCUGCCUUGCCUGGUCAUUCGUGGCAUUGGGGAUUAUGCGGACUCGCAUGAUAAUGAGCACUGGCGGAAAUAUGCUGCCUUGACCGCUGCGGCGUAUGCACGCGAGCUCCUUCUUUCUUUGAGAUCACGGGCUGUGGAUGUUGUACCGUCUUCCAGUGAGGUUCUUUUGCAGAAAAUGAAGCUUCUCGAAGACAGACUUGACCUAGUAGAGCUUCCCAGAGUCAACAGAGCCGUAUUCAAUGAGCAUAUGCACCAAUACAAGGAUGAGUGUCUCGAGGACACCCACAGUGAUGUUUAUCGUCAGAUCGCGGAGUGAGCAGGAGGUCCCACCGGGAAGUCCAUCUUCGGCAGGUGAGGUUGGAGAGGUUGAAGGGGAAGAGCAGGCUCUGACAAACAGAGACCAGUUUGAGGGGCUGGUGGAAGGAAUUCGCUCUGUUGAAAGAGGCAGUGCUGAUUCUGUGAUACCCUUACCCCAUGUACCCCUUUGAUAUCUCGGUAAAUGGGCUUACUGGAAAGCUGAGAUUCUGAAAUGAAUUGCAUGUCCUAUUGACGGAAGGCUCUAUGUUACAUUAACUGAAUAUGUGCGAGAUAUAUCGACUAAAUCGGUAUCAACAGCAGCGCAAGGCAAGUGGCGCUUCAAUAAGACAUUAAAUGACGGAAAGAAUUUAUAAGG